GCAGGGGGUCAAGGGCAGAUGCUUCAAGGUCCAGGGGGCAGGGGUCAUGACCUCGGCCACCAGCUUCAAUUCACCGGAAUGGGGAAUUUCUCCCGUGGUGCAGACCCCCUGGCGCUGCUUGCGUCUGCUAACAGGUUCACCCUACAGGACAACAUGAUGUCAGGGCUCGGAGGCCCGCUGAAUUCCUUCUCGGACCAGUUGGCUUUUAGAGAUGCUGCAAUCCUCAACAGUCGUUUUGGUGAUCUCAGAGGUCAGGGUUCAAGCUUUGAUGACAGAUUCUCAUCUGGCAACUUCAACCAGCAGCAGCAGCAGCGAGAUCGGGACAACUUUGGUAACCAUAGUGACAUUAACCGCAAUGGGGGCAGUAACAACAGCGGGGGAGACAACAUGCAACCACAGAACGGAAAUGCCAACGAGAACAGGAACCAGAUACCUGCCCACAAUCAGGGCAUGCUGCGAGGAUCUGGCAUGGGAGGACUGGGUGGGGGGAUCGGGGGACUGAGUGGCAGCAUCCAGGGAAUGAUGCACGGUGCGGGUCAGGGCAGCCUCGGUGGUCUUAUGAAGCAGAUCAAACAGGAGCCCUUGGAUUACUUCCCCUCGUCCUGUCAUGGGGGAGAUCAGUUUGCCGGUAUGGGUGUAAACAGCGGUGGAGGCUUCCUGUCCCCGCAGCACCUCAUCAACUCCCACCUCCGGGGCCAGCUGCCGUCGUUGAACGUGCCUCUCAUUCGAGACCACUUCUCUCACAAUCAGAUGUUGCCGCAUUCUUCUGCUGCCUCAGCUUCUUCCUCCACCUCCGUCACCAACGUGGUCCCCUCCUCCACCUCCUUGUCCCUGUCAUCCAGCACUCCCUCCUCCCUGGCAUCCCUCCCACUGCCCCUCUCCCACAUGGGUCUGUACCAUCAGUCCCACUUUUCCUCCACCCAGAGGAUGGGUGGCCUCCACCCCUCGCCGGCCUCCACCCCUUCAAGCCAGAUGUCUGUUGGAGGGAACAAUCUGCCCAGCAACCUCAGCACACAAGGUGGCGGCCGAUCUCCGCUUGAGCAAGAGGAUCUGCGCUGCUUCUCUCCUCUUCGAAACUAAUCACAAAACUUUCUACUGACCUAUAAAAAGGAAAAGACUCAAUUAUUGAUUGACUAAUGUUUAUGACAAGCACAAAGAUGGUUUCCAACUGUGGACUGAUUCAUUAUGUUAGCUGCUUUACAGGUUUACAAGGAUGAAUACUGCUUCAAUGCCCCCAAGGAGAUACCUACAAAAAACACAACUUAUCAGCAGAAAUAUUUAACAGCUGUUGAAUGAAUGAGUAAGUGGCUGUACUUGGAGAACAGGCUCUUGUUAUACUCAAUGUUUGUGUAUUUGGAGUUUGCUAUUCUCAGAACUGAUGUGAUUCACACUCUAGGCACAACACAGGUUUCCAAUAUUGGUGUGAGGAAGUUCUUACUGAGUAGCUGCAGAUAUGUGGCAUAACAUUGGUCUCUGCCUGGGAUAACAUUGGCCUCUUCCUGGAACAGCAGUUAAAUUGGAAUACUAACAAUGAUAAAAAAACAACAACUUUUAAAUUAUGUGUAUGCUAUCAAUGAUUGACACAUGGAUACAUCUGCUGACAGGGCACCCAGGAGAGCUUAAGUUGAAAAUGAUGACAAGGCCAAGGUUGUUGAAAGUUCAUGAUGAUUAAGCUGUGUUAAAAAAUAUAGGAAUGUUUUUCUGUUUCUUGUCCUUCUCAUUUAUAAAUAAUGAUUUAGUUUAAUGUAGGUCAGGUAGGUUGCUGUCAAAUAUUUCUGUAUUGCAGAUUAAAGUUAGCACCUGAAAGGUUUGAUGACAUGGGUUUACCUACGUUAACUGGUGGAUUAUAUAAUCAUUCGGACUUAUUUAAACCAUAUUGCUUAAGAGUUUUACCUUCUGUGCAUACACACUUCCAAAUGUGCAUCAUAAAACAAAGGACACCCCCCCCUCCCCACCCCCUCGCGCUGUGGACAUGUUUGAGACUCCUGUUCAUUCAGAAGCAGUGGGAUUGUCUUUUUAUUCUGUCAAUGUCAGUGGGUCACAGUUACGGUCAAAGGGUAUUAGUUACACUCUCUCCUCUAGUCUGUUUUUAUUAGGUGAUGCAAUGUGUUUGAAGACUACACAUUGAAAAUAAAAUGUUGUUUUAAUAGCAAUGAAAACACUGUGUGUUUGACGCAGACAUCUGUUAUGUUUGACACAGACAUGUGUUAUGUUUGACACAGACGUGUGUUAUGUUUGACACACACAUCUGUUAUUUUGACACAGACAUCUGUUAUUUUGACACAGACAUCUGUUAUUUUGACACAGACAUCUGUUAUUUUGACACAGACAUCUGUUAUUUUGACACAGACAUCUGUUAUGUUUGACACAGACAUCUGUUAUGUUUGACACAGACAUCUGUUAUGUUUGACAGCACAAACUGGAAGAUGUUUUCAGUGAGAAGGGAAGGAGGGGUGUGUGAGGAAGGGGAGGGGGGGUGUUUCUUGAAAGGCUUGUUGUUGUUAUUGCUGUUAUUUUCAAAUCCAUGCUUAAAUUAGGGGUCACAGGGUUAGUUGGUGAAAUAUUUCAAUGUGAUUAUUUCCUGAUUGAUCAAUUCUCUGCUCCAAUGAGUUGUGUAAGAAUUUUUGGCUAAUUUAAAAACAGAUUUUUUGUUAAGACUGUCUUUAAGUUCCAGUUGUUAAGCUGUUCUAUGUCCU